GGCUAAUCCUAUCUAGAUUUCUGCUGAUACCCUCAGUCAUCGGCUUUGGCCAUGUGCUGGCAUUUCUGUGCUUCUCUUAUAGAGCCUCACCGCAGAUGGAAGUAGGUCAUCUCGGCCAAUAAUUUUGUUGAGUUUUUCUAACCUGCCUAUCUAAGGAACAUCAAUUUAGUCCCAAACCGAAAUAUAAGCCUGAACAUGCUUCGAAUACUAGGCUUCGCUUUGUCCACGGCGGCGGCUGUCAUUACGGCCGGGCCUGGAGAUCCCGAUUUCUAUAAUACUGUCGCCGAGAUCUUUUCGGGGCCCGACUGUAGCAACGAGACUUUUGUUUGGGCAGAUCCAAUAUUUGGACGGGGCGGAAGAUGCCAGCCUUUGGAUAGACAAGACAAUACCCCCGAUAUCCUCAGUUACAAGCCGACCACUAUUUACCCGGACUGCAUUGUCAACCUCUACACGGAUUCCGAUUGCGACAGCGACCCAUAUUCGGCAGAAGUGGAUCAAUGUGUUCAAGCAGGCAUCCCGUUCAUCAGCGCUUUUGUGAAAUGCCCAUUCUCAGGCAUCUCGUAAGAUUGUUACGUGAAGAGGGAGUUGUCAAGGUAUUGAGCCGCUUUACUCAUUAUUUAGAUGCCACUGCAGCUCAACUAGCUUGAGUUGACACCAAGGUGGAGAAAGUGGAUGGUUGAAAGGGACAUGCCCAUACAACAUAAAUUAAUAUAGUUUUAUAGAGUAAGGUAGCUAUCUAAUCAACGUUUAUGUUCCUAUAUAA